AUUGACUUUCUGUUAUUGUGUCAAUGUUUAGAGAACAAAAMCACAAUAAGCCUAAAGUACAAGGAAUUCAUCAGAYGUGAAUAUGCCACAGUGCAGGAGUACAACUCUCUCCCUGGKGAACAUGUGAAGCUAGAUGACCGCUACACUGAGCCCCUGAUCAUCCAGAAACARCGUCAGCAGAGAGAGAGAGAGGAGGAGAUCCGCUCCAGAGGACAGAACUUUUAUCAAGURAUGGACCAGAGGGACAGCGAGACCUACAAGAGUARCAAAGUGGAGAGGCUGUUUGAUCCAGACGAGCAUGGAGACAUUCAGAGAACAGUGAUACUGCAGGGCCACUCUGGAACUGGCAAGUCAUUUACCACUCAGAAGAUCAUGUCUGACUGGGCGUUUGGAAGACUUUACGAAGACCGAUUUGACUUUGUUUUUCACCUGAGGUGCAAAGAACUAAACCAGGCCACUGGGAGAAAAAGUGUGAUGGAUCUGCUUAACUACGAUCAGAGUUUAUCAUCAAUGAUCAAGCAGGUCCUUCGCCAGUCUCCUGAGAGGGUUCUCUUCCUGGUAGACGGCUUUGAUGAGCUCAACUUCUCACUUGAUGUACCUAAAGACUCCCUUCCCAGGGACCCGUGGACACAAUGCUCCCCCGAAGUGACACUGAGUGGCCUGAUAAGGAAACAGAUAUUGCACGAGUCCUUCCUGCUUGUCACCACCAGGUCCACAGCGCUGGACAAACUAAAAGAAGUGGUCAAACAUCCAGUGAGAUACGCUGAGAUAUUGGGCUUUUCUAAAGAGGGGGUGGAGGAAUACUUCAAUAGAUUCUUCAUGAAGGAGCAACACUCACAGCAAGCCUAUGACUCUGUGAGAAAAAAUGAAACCCUUUUCACCGCAUGUUUCAUUCCAGUCAUCUGCUGGAUCAUUUGCACAGUUUAUAGGGAGCAGUUUGAUGAAGGCACAGAGAUGAUACAAUCYCUGGAGACCACCACCUCCAUCUUUGUUGAAUUUGUUGCCACGCUGUUGAAGCACCACUGUCAGGAUUUGGGUCAGUCAGCUCUUACCAUCCUCCAAGGACUAGGCAAGCUGGCAGAAAAGGGAAUGGAAGAGCAGCAAGUGUUAUUUGACCAUGAUAGUGUCUCACAGACCGUGUCAGAUCCUUCCAAAGUCCCCUUCUUGUGUAAGUUUCUCCAAAAGAAGAGAGUAAGUCAGACCACUAUGUACAGCUUCAUGCACCUCAGCUUCCAGGAGUUUUUCACAGCCCUCUCAUACAUGUUACUGGGUGAUGAGGAAGCUCAGGGGAAAGUUAGAGAGCUACUUUCUAAGGUUCGACGUGGAAAAGAAAACAGUCACUUGCUACCCAUAGUUCAAUUUCUCUUCGGCAUCGCAAACAAGGAAGUGGGAAAACGGCUCGAGGAUAAAAAAUACAUCUCUUGUUCUCAAGGAAUCUGGACCCAGCUSAAACAUUUUAUUCUGGAAGUCAUUGAAAAAGAAAAGGAGGAUCGAAACGCCAUUGAUUAUCACAUUUCAUCAAUGUGGCUUUUUGCGUUUCACUGUCUAUAUGAACUACAUGUAGAUGAUUUUGUUAAGAAAGCCAUGAAUACAUACACAGAAUUUAAUCUGACUCACAUUCCACUGACAAAAACAGACUGUUGGGUGCUGAAGUACUGCUUUCAGCACUGCAAGUGCAUCCAAAGACUCAUUCUCAACUGGUGCAAGUUAACUGCAGAGAAGAUCAAAAUCCUUCUGCCAGCAUUGGAAAAAUGUCAACAUCUCGAGUUGCAGGUGGACGACCUAGCCGAUGAUGAUUUAGAUGAUCUGUUGACAGCGCUGGGAGAAGGAAAGAGUUUGGAGCUGGAUCUGCGUAAGAACAACUUGUCUGAUGAGAAAGUACAGGACUUGCUUGUUGCUCUCACUAAACACAAACCCAGAAAAGUUGAAAUUGGAGUGAAGUCCAUCACCAGCAAUACAGCUGACAAAUUCAUSUUCCUCAUCAGUAAGGCACAUGCAGACUUGGAAAGCAUAGGGCUUCAUGGUUGUGAGAAUGUUACAUUGGAAGCCAAUCUACAGAAAGAUGGAGUCAAUGGGACUCUCCAAACUUCUCUUUGGUUAAAAGUGUCUGACAUGAAAAUGAUCUGUGACUGUAUCAGGGCAUCUGGCUACAGUUUGAGUGAAAUAGUCUUGUCUGUGAGCUAUGUGGCUGACCUAUCAGAUACUGAUGUGGAUGACCUGAGUGCAAUCAUCCACCCUGUAGACAAGUUAAGGCUCCGCUUUCAACACCAAGAAUUAUAUGGAUGGCACGCAGCGAGUGAAGGUUUACACUCCCAGAUAUCACUCAGAGGGAUUGAAAUUACCCUCUACGGCYAUCCUGUAUUCGACUGGAGAACGUUAUUUCAGCUAGUUCCCUCUCUGGGGCAACAUCCAGAGUGGGAUGAGCAUGUUGAAGCACUGAUCUCGCUGCUACACUCUCAAACCUCUCUGGAGGACAUCAGUCUGUAUGUGAACAGCGUGACAGAGAGGUGUGCUGCCAGUGUAGUCAGUCUGAGCCAGGCCUGUCCAAACCUGAGGAUGAUAUCCCUUCAUGUAGUUGAACACGGUUUGUUAUUGGAGGAAGUAUUACAACACUUACGUGCAUCAAAGAGGCACCCAGAUUGCCGGGUACUUGUCGCCGGGUGGAGAUGCAGGAAGCCUGCUGACAAGUGCACAGGCCGGAAGGACUGGAGUCUCUGUUGUGAUGACUCUGUUAGGCUCACUCUACGAGGAGAAACAUUCACAGAGAAUGUGAUAAGGCAUGGGAAGGAAAGUGAUAGGCCUAGUGUUCACCCUAAGAGUAAUAAAUGGUGUGUUGUUGCCUAGUGACCACAAUGAAGACAACAGAGAUGGUGUGUUGUUGCCUAGUGACCAUGAUGAAGACAACAGAGAUGGUGUGUUGUUGCCUAGUGACCACGAUGAAGAUAACAGAGAUGGUGUGUUGUUGUCUAGUGACCACGAUGAAGACAACAGAGAUGGUGUGGUGUUGCCUAGUGACCACAAUGAAGACAACAGAGAUGGUGUGUUGUUGCCUAGUGAUCACGAUGAAGACAACAGAGAUGGUGUGUUGUUGCCUAGUGACCACGAUGA